ACGGCAUCGUUGUCCACGCCGAGUCGCCGACUGAUCACUUCUCUUCCAGCGAGUACACACAUCACACAGCGAAGGGCAGCGCAUCGUGCUGCGGCGGCCGGAGGUGAUCGACAAGCACCUCUCUAGGAAUAAUAAAUAAUGGCGCAGUUGGUGGACAAGGCGAAGGGGUUCGUCGCCGACAAGCUGGCCAACAUCCAGAAGCCGGAGGCGGAGCUGGCCGACGUCACGGUGGGGCACGUGGGCCGCGAUGGCGCCACGCUGGCGGGGCGCGUGGACGUGCGCAACCCGUACUCGCACGCCAUCCCGGUGUGUGAGGUGACCUACACGCUGCGGAGCGCCGGGCGGACGGUGGCGUCAGGGACGGUGCCCGACCCGGGGUCGCUCGCCGGCGACGGGGCUACCACGCGCCUCGACGUGCCCGUCAAGGUGCCCUACGACUUCCUGGUUAGCCUCGCCAAGGACGCCGGCAGGGACUGGGACAUCGACUAUGAGAUGCGUGUCGGGCUCACCGUUGACCUCCCCGUCGUCGGCAAACUCACGCUGCCGCUCACCAAGUCCGGCGAGCUCAAGCUCCCCACCCUCUCCAGCAUCUUCUGAUCGAUCGAUCUGCGUGCUGCUCGCUCGAUCCGUAACUGCGGCCUUGCGUGUUCAUGACUGAUCUGCCUACUCGAUAAUAUGUAAACCGCUCUCUUGAGUGUUGUUGUUGUGCUGCUUGAGUAGUACGAGACCUAAUAAUAAUAAACUACAGUGAUGUGUA